AUGGAUGUGAAAGAACGCAGACCUUAUUGCUCCCUGACAAAGAGCAGAAGAGACAAGGAAAGGCGUUAUACAAAUUCUUCCACAGAAAAUGAAGAAUGCAGAGUGCCUACUCAGAAGUCCUACAGUUCAAGUGAAACAUUGAAAGCUUUUGAUCAUGAUUCUUCCAGACUCUUGUAUGGAAAUCGGGUAAAAGAUUUAGUCCCCAGGGAAUCUGAUGAAUAUACCAGACAAGGCCAGAAUUUUACCCUAAGACAGUUAGGAGUUUGUGAACCUGCGACUCGAAGAGGACUGGCAUUUUGUGCUGAAAUGGGGCUUCCCCACAGAGGUUACUCUAUCAGUGCAGGGUCAGAUGCUGACACUGAAAAUGAAGGAGUGAUGUCUCCAGAGCAUGCCAUGAGACUAUGGGGCAGGGGGGUCAAAUCAGGCCGCAGCUCCUGUCUCUCAAGUCGUUCCAACUCAGCUCUUACUUUAACUGAUACAGAGCAUGAAAACAAGUCUGACAGUGAGACUGAGCAACCUCCAAAUAACCAAGGCCAGUCGACCCUGCAACCUUUGCCACCUUCUCACAAGCAGCAUUCAGCACAGAAUCACCCAUCUAUCACCUCCCUUAACAGAAAUUCACUGACAAAUAGGAGGAACCAGAGUCCGGCCCCGCCGGCUGCUUUGCCCGCCGAGCUGCAAACCACACCCGAGUCGGUCCAGCUGCAGGACAGCUGGGUCCUUGGCAGUAAUGUGCCACUGGAAAGCAGGCAUUUCCUAUUCAAAACAGGAACAGGGACAACACCACUGUUCAGUACUGCAACACCGGGUUACACAAUGGCAUCUGGCUCAGUUUAUUCCCCUCCUACACGACCACUACCUAGGAACACCUUAUCAAGAAGUGCUUUUAAAUUUAAGAAGUCUUCAAAGUACUGUAGCUGGAAAUGUACAGCACUCUGUGCUGUUGGGGUGUCUGUGCUUCUGGCAAUACUACUGUCUUAUUUUAUAGCAAUGCAUCUAUUUGGCCUCAACUGGCAGUUACAACAGACUGAAAAUGACACGUUUGAAAAUGGAAAAGUGAAUUCUGAGACUGUGCCAACACACACUGUAUCAUUACCUUCUGGUGAAAAUGGUAAAUUAGGAUUUGCACAGGAAAAUAACACUAUAGAUUCUGGAGAACUUGAUAUAGGUCGAAGAGCAACACAAGAUGUUCCACCUGGGAUCUUCUGGCGGUCACAAGUCUUUAUUGAUCAACCACAGUUUCUAAAAUUCAAUAUCUCCCUUCAGAAAGAUGCUUUGAUUGGAGUAUAUGGCCGAAAAGGUUUACCGCCUUCACAUACACAAUAUGAUUUUGUAGAACUUUUGGAUGGGAGCCGAUUGAUUGCAAAGGAGCAGCGUAACCUUCUUGAGACAGAGAGAGCAGGCAGACAGACAAGAUCUGUUAGCCUUCAUGAAGCGGGGUUCAUUCAGUAUUUGGAUGCUGGGAUCUGGCACCUGGCUUUUUACAACGAUGGAAAAAAUGCAGAGCAAGUGUCUUUUAAUACAAUUGUUAUAGAGUCUGUGGUUGAAUGCCCUCGAAAUUGCCAUGGAAACGGAGAAUGUGUUUCAGGAUCAUGCCAUUGUUUUGCUGGCUUUCUUGGCCCCGAUUGUUCAAGAGCAGCCUGCCCAGUAUUGUGUAGUGGCAAUGGGCAGUACUCCAAAGGACGUUGCUUAUGCUAUAGUGGUUGGAAGGGUACUGAGUGUGAUGUGCCUACCACCCAGUGCAUUGACCCUCAAUGUGGAGGUCGUGGGAUUUGUAUUAUGGGCUCUUGUGCCUGCAACUCUGGAUACAAAGGAGAAAACUGUGAAGAAGCUGAUUGUUUAGAUCCAGUCUGUUCAAAUCAUGGUGUAUGUAUCCAUGGAGAAUGUCACUGUAAUCCAGGUUGGGGUGGUAACAACUGUGAAAUACUGAAGACACUGUGUCCGGACCAGUGCUCUGGCCAUGGCACGUAUCUACAAGAAAGUGGCACUUGUAAUUGUGAUCCUAAUUGGACUGGCCCUGAUUGCUCUAAUGAAAUCUGCUCUGUAGACUGCGGUGCUCAUGGUGUCUGCAUGGGUGGAACGUGUCGAUGUGAAGAAGGUUGGGCUGGAGCAUCUUGCAAUCAAAGAGCAUGCCAUCCUCGGUGUGCUGAACAUGGAACCUGUAAAGAUGGGAAAUGUGAAUGCAGCCAAGGCUGGAAUGGCGAGCACUGCACAAUUGAGGGAUGCCCUGGCCUGUGUAAUAGCAAUGGAAGAUGUACUCUUGACCAAAAUGGCUGGCAUUGUGUUUGUCAGCCUGGAUGGAGGGGAGCAGGAUGUGAUGUCGCCAUGGAAACUUUAUGUACUGACAGCAAGGACAAUGAAGGAGAUGGAUUAGUUGACUGCAUGGAUCCUGACUGCUGUUUGCAGAGUUCCUGCCAAAACCAGCCUUUCUGUCGAGGAUUGCCUGACCCACAAGAUAUUAUUAGCCAAAGUCAGCAAUCACCAUCUCAGCAAGCUGCUAAAUCCUUUUAUGAUCGGAUUGGUUUUCUUAUAGGACCAGAAAGCACACAUGUUAUUCCUGGGGAAAGCCCAUUCAAUAAGAGUCUUGCAUCUGUUAUAAGAGGUCAAGUAUUAACAGCAGAUGGAACACCACUAAUUGGAGUUAAUGUCUCCUUUUUACAUUAUCCUGACUUUGGUUAUACGAUCACUCGUCAAGAUGGAAUGUUUGACUUGGUGGCAAAUGGUGGUGCAUCAUUAACUUUAGUAUUUGAACGAUCACCAUUCCUUACUCAGUACCAUACAGUCUGGAUUCCAUGGAACGUCUUCUAUGUCAUGGACACCCUUGUCAUGAAGAAGGAGGAGAAUGACAUUCCUAGCUGCGAUCUGAGUGGAUUUGUGAAACCAAAUCCCGUAAUUGUAUCAUCACCUUUAUCUACUUUGUUCAGGAUCUCUCCCGAAGACAGCACUAUUAUUCCUGAGACACAGGUGCUCCAUGAAGAAACUGCAAUACCAGGAACUGAUCUGAAAUUGUCAUACUUAAGCUCCCGAGCGGCGGGGUAUAAAUCUGUACUUAAGAUCACAAUGACACAGUCUGUGAUACCAUUUAAUUUAAUGAAAGUUCAUCUCAUGGUGGCAGUAGUAGGAAGACUUUUCCAAAAAUGGUUCCCUGCAUCCCCAAAUUUGGCUUAUACAUUUAUAUGGGAUAAAACUGAUGCAUAUAAUCAAAAGGUCUAUGGUUUAUCUGAAGCUGUUGUAUCUGUUGGUUAUGAAUAUGAAUCUUGUUUGGAUCUAACAUUGUGGGAAAAACGGACAGCCAUUCUACAAGGUUAUGAACUGGAUGCCUCCAACAUGGGUGGAUGGACACUGGACAAACACCAUGUAUUAGAUGUUCAAAAUGGAAUCCUGUAUAAAGGCAAUGGGGAAAAUCAGUUUAUCUCUCAGCAACCACCUGUUGUUAGUAGUAUAAUGGGUAAUGGCCGACGGCGCAGCAUUUCUUGCCCAAGUUGCAAUGGUCAAGCAGAUGGCAAUAAACUCUUGGCUCCAGUUGCCCUAGCUUGUGGAAUUGAUGGAAGCCUGUAUGUAGGAGAUUUCAACUAUGUUCGACGGAUAUUCCCAUCUGGAAAUGUAACAAGUGUACUUGAACUAAGCAGUAAUCCCGCUCACAGAUACUAUCUUGCAACUGAUCCAGUCACAGGAGAAUUGUAUGUUUCUGAUACAAAUACAAGACGGAUUUAUCGUCCAAAAUCACUUACAGGAGCAAAAGAUCUGACAAAAAAUGCUGAUGUAGUAGCAGGGACUGGAGAACAGUGCCUUCCAUUUGAUGAAGCACGAUGUGGCGAUGGUGGCAAGGCUGUAGAAGCUACUCUGAUGAGUCCGAAAGGAGUGGCAGUAGAUAAGAAUGGAUUAAUCUAUUUUGUUGAUGGGACUAUGAUCAGGAAAGUGGACCAAAAUGGAAUAAUAUCAACAUUACUUGGUUCAAAUGAUCUGACUUCCGCGCGACCAUUAACAUGUGACACCAGCAUGCAUAUCAGCCAGGUACGUCUGGAGUGGCCAACAGAUUUAGCUAUCAACCCAAUGGAUAACUCCAUAUAUGUGCUGGAUAACAAUGUAGUGCUUCAAAUUACAGAAAAUCGGCAAGUCCGUAUAGCUGCUGGAAGGCCAAUGCACUGCCAGGUCCCUGGAGUGGAAUAUACAGUUGGAAAACAUGCAGUACAAACUACCUUAGAAUCAGCCACGGCUAUUGCUUUAUCUUAUAAUGGGGUGCUUUACAUUACGGAAACAGAUGAAAAAAAGAUAAACAGAAUAAGGCAAGUAACAACUGAUGGAGAAAUCUCAUUAGUUGCUGGAAUACCUUCUGAAUGUGACUGCAAAAAUGAUGUUAACUGUGACUGCUAUCAAAAUGGUGAUGGCUAUGCUAAAGAUGCCAAACUCAGUGCCCCUUCUUCCUUAGCUGUAUCACCUGACGGAACACUGUAUAUUGCAGACCUUGGAAAUAUUCGAAUAAGAGCUGUGUCAAAGAACAAACCAUUGCUGAAUUCCAUGAACUUUUAUGAAGUUGCUUCUCCAACUGAUCAGGAGCUCUAUAUCUUUGAUGUCAAUGGCACUCAUCAGUACACAAUGAAUUUAGUCACAGGAGACUAUCUGUACAAUUUUAGCUACAGUAAUGACAAUGAUAUAACUGCAGUUACUGACAGCAAUGGAAAUACCCUUCGUAUUAGGCGUGACCCCAAUCGGAUGCCAGUAAGAGUAGUAUCUCCGGACAAUCAAGUCAUCUGGUUAACCAUAGGAACCAACGGUUGCUUAAAAAAUAUGAUAGCACAAGGACAGGAACUAGUCUUGUUCACAUAUCAUGGCAACAGUGGACUCCUAGCAACUAGAAGUGAUGAAAUUGGAUGGACGACAUUUUUUGACUAUGACAGUGAAGGCAGAUUGACCAAUGUCACAUUUCCAACUGGAGUGGUCACUAAUCUACAUGGAGAAAUGGAAAGGGCUAUUACUGUAGACAUUGAAUCAUCUAGCAGAGAGGAUGAUGUCAGCAUCACUUCAAAUUUAUCCUCAAUUGAUUCUUUCUAUACAAUGGUCCAAGAUCAGUUAAGAAAUAGCUACCAGAUUGGAUAUGAUGGGUCUCUCAGAAUCAUCUAUGCCAGUGGUCUGGAUACACACUACCAAACAGAACCACAUGUUUUAGCAGGUACAGCCAAUCCAACUGUAGCAAAAAGAAAUAUGACUCUUCCUGGAGAAAAUGGACAGAAUUUAGUGGAGUGGAGAUUUCGAAAAGAACAAGCACAAGGCAAAGUGAAUGUGUUUGGCCGUAAGCUCAGAGUUAAUGGUAGGAACCUCCUUUCAGUUGACUUUGAUCGGACUUCAAAGACAGAGAAGAUUUAUGAUGAUCACCGAAAAUUUCUACUGAGAAUCGUCUAUGAUACUUCAGGACAUCCAACACUCUGGUUCCCAAGCAGCAAGCUUAUGGCUGUCAAUGUUACCUAUUCAUCUACAGGUCAAAUUGGUAGCAUCCAACGAGGCACAACUAGUGAAAAAGUAGAUUAUGAUGGACAGGGAAGGAUUGUAUCUAGAGUAUUUGCUGAUGGUAAAACAUGGAGUUACACGUAUCUUGAAAAGUCAAUGGUUCUCUUACUGCAUAGCCAACGGCAGUAUAUCUUUGAAUAUGACUUACUGGAUCGGCUUUCUGCAAUAACCAUGCCCAGUGUAGCUCGCCACACUAUGCAGACUAUCCGUUCUAUUGGCUACUAUCGGAACAUCUAUAAUCCUCCAGAAAGCAAUGCCUCUGUCAUCAUGGAUUACAAUGAAGAAGGACAGCUGUUACAAACUGCUUUCUUGGGCACAAGCCGGAGAGUCUUGUUCAAAUACAGAAGGCAGACCAGGCUUUCUGAAAUUCUGUAUGAUAGCACAAGAGUGAGUUUUACUUAUGAUGAGACAGCAGGAGUUCUAAAAACAGUAAACCUCCAGAGUGAUGGCUUUAUUUGCACCAUUAGAUACAGGCAAAUUGGUCCAUUGAUUGACAGGCAAAUUUUCCGCUUUAGUGAAGAUGGAAUGGUAAAUGCCCGAUUUGACUACAGCUAUGACAAUAGCUUCAGAGUGACUAGCAUGCAAGGUGUUAUCAAUGAAACUCCAUUGCCUAUUGAUCUCUACCAAUUUGAUGACAUAUCUGGAAAAGUUGAGCAGUUUGGAAAAUUUGGGGUUAUUUAUUAUGAUAUUAAUCAGAUAAUUUCAACAGCUGUAAUGACUUACACAAAACACUUUGAUGCUCAUGGUCGCAUAAAGGAAAUUCAGUAUGAAAUAUUCCGUUCACUUAUGUACUGGAUUACAAUUCAGUAUGACAACAUGGGCCGAGUAACUAAAAGAGAAAUUAAAAUAGGCCCAUUUGCUAACACUACCAAGUAUGGUUAUGAAUAUGAUGUUGAUGGCCAGCUACAGACAGUUUACCUUAAUGAGAAAAUAAUGUGGCGCUACAACUACGAUUUGAAUGGCAAUCUCCACUUGUUGAAUCCAAGUAGUAGUGCUCGAUUGACACCACUGCGAUACGAUCUGAGGGAUAGAAUCACUCGACUUGGUGAUGUUCAAUACCGGUUAGAUGAAGAUGGAUUCCUGCGACAGAGGGGCACUGAGAUAUUUGAAUACAGUUCAAAGGGCCUCCUUACUAGAGUUUAUAGCAAAGGCAGUGGAUGGACAGUGAUAUAUCGUUAUGAUGGACUUGGAAGACGUGUUUCCAGUAAAACCAGCCUGGGGCAGCAUCUUCAAUUUUUUUAUGCAGAUCUCACAUAUCCAACAAGAAUAACUCAUGUGUAUAAUCACUCAAGCUCUGAAAUCACUUCUCUCUAUUAUGACUUGCAAGGACAUUUAUUUGCCAUGGAGAUUAGCAGCGGAGAUGAGUUCUACAUCGCCUCAGACAAUACUGGAACCCCCCUGGCUGUUUUCAGUAGUAAUGGUCUAAUGCUGAAGCAGAUUCAAUACACUGCCUAUGGCGAAAUCUAUUUUGAUUCUAACCUUGAUUUCCAGUUGGUGAUAGGAUUCCAUGGGGGUCUUUAUGACCCACUAACCAAACUAAUUCAUUUUGGUCAAAGAGAUUAUGACAUAUUGGCAGGCCGUUGGACUACACCUGAUAUUGAAAUUUGGAAAAAAAUAGGAAAAGAUCCAGCUCCUUUUAAUCUGUACAUGUUUAGAAAUAACAAUCCAGCCAGCAGAAUACAUGAUGUGAAAGAUUAUAUCACAGAUGUUAACAGCUGGCUGGUGACAUUUGGUUUUCAUCUACACAAUGCGAUCCCAGGUUUCCCUGUGCCUAAAUUUGAUUUAACUGAACCCUCCUAUGAACUUGUGAAGAGCCAGCAAUGGGAUGAUGUACCGCCAAUUUCUGGAGUGCAACAAGAAGUGGCAAGGGAAGCAAAGGCUUUCUUAUCCCUGGGAAAGAUGGCAGAAGUCCAGAUCAGCAAGCGCAGACCUGGGAGUGAGAAAUCCUGGUUGUGGUUUGCAACUGUGAAAUCUUUAAUUGGAAAAGGAGUAAUGCUUGCUGUCAAUCAAGGCAAAGUACAGACCAACGUGCUUAACAUUGCAAAUGAGGAUUGUAUCAAAGUGGCAGCUGUUCUGAAUAGUGCAUACUACCUGGAAAACCUGCACUUCACUGUUGAGGGAAAGGAUACGCAUUAUUUCAUUAAAACCACUUCACCCGAGAGUGACCUGGGCACGCUGAGAUUGACGAGUGGCCGGAAGGCACUGGAGAAUGGCAUCAAUGUCACAGUUUCCCAGUCCACUACUGUAGUGAAUGGCAGAACUCGUAGGUUUGCUGAUGUUGAAAUGCAGUACGGUGCACUGGCUCUUCAUGUCCGCUAUGGCAUGACGCUUGAUGAGGAGAAGGCACGGAUAUUAGAACAGGCUAGGCAAAGGGCUCUUUCCAAUGCCUGGGCCAGAGAACAGCAACGAGUGAGAGAUGGGGAGGAAGGGGCCAGGCUAUGGACAGAAGGGGAAAAGAGGCAACUUUUGAGUGCUGGAAAAGUUCAAGGAUAUGAUGGGUACUAUGUACUCUCUGUUGAGCAAUACCCCGAAUUAGCUGACAGUGCUAACAAUAUACAGUUUCUUAGACAAAGUGAGAUUGGAAAGAGGUAACACAUCGGUUGAGCUUGGCCUGCCAAAGAGACGGACCCUGUGCCAGUGUCUUCUAAGAGAGGAGACCAAAUAGUUUGCUGCAUUAUUACUUGAGCCUAAAUAUACAUCUUUGCUCAGAUUUUUCUGUAGCACAAUCUGAAUGGACUCUACAACAAAGAGAGAGCCUUCCAGAAGAAUGAUAAUAUUAAAAAGAAAAACUGGAGUUGUGUUUUUUUUUUCUGAAUGACCUUAAAGGUGAUCUGCUUUAAAGAAUAUGUUUACAUAUGCAUAUCGCUGCACUCAAGUUGGACUGAAAAUACUAAAAAGAAAGAUCUAAAGAGUUUCCAACCGGCUGAGUAUUCCAGUAACUAAGAAAGAAAGCGAUAACAGUGUUUCCAAAUAUUACUAAAUUGUUGACUUUUACUUACAAAAAUUAGUAUUUUUUCCUACUCCUCCUCCUCCUUCUUCCCCUUUCUCCUCCUCUCCUGCUGACUCCCUUUCUCUGCCUAGGAUGUGGUAUAUAAUCUCUGUUCAUGUUAAGCGGGGGACAAGACUCUUUGUGUAUGGACAUCCCAAUGGCUUUAACAGUGCUGCUUUUUGAAAGGACACUGGCACAAGCAAUUUAUUCUACAAUCAAAAUUUGGUAAUGGAUUUUACGGUGAUCAUGGGGUUUACCUUGGGGAAAAUGGCAAAUAGAAUUCUUGUCACAGAAGCAAAGGAAGCUUGAUUUUUUUGUAAAUUAUGUGAGACAAGUUGUUUAUGGAUUUUUAUAUAAAUUACAAUUUACUGUACAUCAAAUAUUAGUCUCAGAGGAGUUAAUUUAUGUAAAGUGUUUAAAAAGUUUAUACUUAAAUAAAAUAAUAAAAAUA